CACAAUUAAGGAGCCAUGGGAGUAAAAUGGUAGGAAAGCCAGACGAAACCACAGUGUUUACGCUGAAGAAUUGCGCACCGUUGCGUUGUGGGACGUUUUCACCCAACACUGGCAUUUGGGAAUCGCUCCACUUUUGAUUGGAACUAGGAUGGGACGACACAUUUAACAACAACAAAGAAAUAGGGAAAAAACAAAAACAACUUCGCGACUUGAGGCUGUUUAUCCCGCACACCUUAAAUGCGCACUUGUGUACUUAGCAAUGGAGUGAAAUGGUCAAUGCAGAGAGGAAUACUUUUACUACAAGCGAAGGAGAUACGUAACUAGUAGAAAUCUGUUCUGCUCAUUUCUGAGCACCACCUUAUCGAAGGAAGACGCUGCCCAAGCAGUCGAAGCUAAGCGGCCGCCGCCGUUCGGACUUCAGGAACAACAAGUAAAAAGGAGCCGAGAUGAGUGGGGGAGAGGUGGUGUGCGAAGGGUGGCUGAGAAAGUCUCCUCCUGAAAAAAAGUUGAGACGUUACGCAUGGAAGAAGCGAUGGUUUGUUCUUCGCAGUGGCCGUCUAACAGGCGACCCAGACGUCUUGGAGUACUACAAGAAUGACCACACCAAGAAGCCCAUCCGUGUAAUAGAUCUCAACUUGUGUGAGCAGGUUGAUGCUGGGCUGACGUUUAGCAAGAAGGAUUUGGAGCACAGCUUCAUCUUCGACAUCAAGACCAUCGACCGCGUCUUCUACCUGGUGGCUGACACUGAAGAAGAAAUGAACAAGUGGGUUCGCCACAUCUGUGACAUCUGUGGUUUUAACCCCACCGAUGAUGACGCAACAAAAGCUGCUCACCAGUCCAUUACUGGGGGGCUUGUGGUUGACACGCCUCCCCAUGCAGCUCUGGGUAACGUUGGUCCAGGAGCAUCAGUUCUGUCAGGUGUGCCACCUCCAUACCAGCCCGUGAGCGUGCAGCACCUGAACUCCCAGUCCAGUUCAGACGAACCUCAGGACUACCUGUGGCUCGCCAACUGUGAGAGUAAAAAACCUGAACCCAACAGAUCUCAUGCCGAGUGCUCCAAGUCUACCUCUUCAGAGACGGACCUGAACGACAACCUUCCCUCUCAUCGCACUCCCACAUCCGCCACUUUCUCAGCGAAGCACAUUUCACACAACGGCUUCUUCCCACAACACCCAGCUCCAGCUUCUGCCCCUUCCUUCUACGACUCGCCGCCGUCGCGCGGUGCCUCUCUCUCAACUGACGGCGGCCUCUACAGCCUCCCGCGCAGUUACUCCCAGGACACUGUUCUUCUCCCCAUAUCUGCCUCCUCUCCUCCAGCGCACACAGACGGCGGGGACGCCUCCGAGCUUUACGUCUUCAACACGCCUUCGAGAAAACCCUCAAUAGAGACACACAUGCGCAAUAUUUCCAUCAGCUACGACGUCCCGCCCACACCUGGUGCAAACUGUCCCUACCAGGGCCCCCGCUCAAUGUCGCUGUCAGCCGGAGGUUCAGAGGGCGAUGUAGUGCCUCCCCCUAGACCACCCAAGCCUUCGCUCAGCUCCUCAUCAGGGCUUCCACCUCCACCCGCCGAGCGCUCUCCUACGGACACCUUUUGUAUGCCUCGUCCAGCCUCGGAGACGGAUGGGAACUACAGUGUGCCACCUAGUGCCGGGAGUAAAGCUUUACGAAGCCAUACUAUUGGAGCUGAGGACUGUUCACGCCUUCGCAAAGAUUUUGGAUCCCAGGACUUCUAUGACAUUCCUAGACCAUUUCCCACAGAUAAAAGCUAUUCAUUUGACUUCAACGAAAACCUCAAAUGCUAUUUUAAAAACAAAGGAAUGAUGCCAUUGGGGAGCCAUUCUACUGAAGAAGUUGACCAGAACUACGUCCCGAUGAGCGCCAAUUCCCCGUCGCACCAUCACUCCGGCAGUUUGCCCGAGACGGCAAAUGAAACAAACUAUGUACCAAUGACCCCAAGCACUGUGGAGUUUCCUUCUUUGGGUAAACAAGUCCCCCCACCCGCCCACAUGGGUUUCCGCUUAAGUCCAAAGACCCCUCCCCGCAGGCCAGUGCUCACCGAGUGCCAGCCCCCACCCGUGGACCGUAACCUAAAGCCGGAUCGUAAAGGAAGUCCUAAAAUAAAAGCAAAAGGUGUCUGUUUAGAGCGAACCGACUCUCAGACCAUAGGUGAAUUCCCAGGGGGACGACGGAAGGUGAAACCUGCUCCACUGGAGAUCAAACCAUCAACAGAUUGGGAGGACUCCUGCACGCCUGUCCGCUCGCCCGUCACACGCUCAUUCACUCGAGACCAAAAUGCAGGUGAGACUUUACAUCCAGUGAACAGUUUCUCUAGGUUUCCAGUGCCGAGACCCAUAUCAGUGCAGAGUACGGCCUCCAGCACUGACUCCGAGGAAAAUGCUGAUCUAAUUAUAGGCAUGGACUCUAAUAUACCCACAGAUGAACCAAUCAUGAAGCUUUCCACGCCCAUGCCUACAGACGGUGGGAGUAGCCCUAUGUUGAAGACAAAGGGAGAUAAACAGGUGGAGUACUUAGAUUUGGAUCUGGAGUCCAGCAUGCCUACCCCACCUAGAAAGAUGAAGAGCAUGGGACCUGGCAUCACAUCGUCGGACGAGCGCGUGGAUUACGUGGUCGUUGACCAGCAGCGCACACAAGCCCUGAAGAGCACCAGAGAGGCGUGGAGCGAAGACCGCCAGUGCUCAGAGACGGACACGCUCUCCAAAGCGCCCAAAUGAACACGACAAACUCGCCUCGGAUCCUCUAGAAACGACAGGCCUUCGACACUGUUUGUACUUCGGAGUGGUCACGGUCCACCCAGACCAGACUGUUAGUGGAGGAGAUCGCUCUAGCCACAUAUCUGACUUCAGUUUACACCGCUGUCAUGUCCAAGACAGCACUUUGUGUAUUUUUGUAGAAAGGGGUGUGGGCCAGGAAUAAGCUUUAAGAAGGUGGAAUAUUGGGGGAGGGAGGGGGCUGUCGCUCUUAACUUUGAACAUUCACUGCCUCCUAUAUGAAAUAGGGGCUUCUUUUGUUGUUUGCGGGCUGAUACAGAUCUAACAUUUCCUUAAAUUGUAAUGUUGAAUGUUUUGGAGUGUCAAAAAAACAAAUUGGUCACAUAAUUGCGUUGCUUUUGUCGAUGCAACUCUGCUGUUUUAAAUGGAUGCAGAGGACGCAGUUCAAAGGUCACCAGUGAAGCUUGACCUUAACUGACCCGCCCAAGGCAACUCUCCAAGUCAUGUAUGACACAAUUUCACACAGGCUUUUUUUAUUUUUCCUUCAGUACAAUGUAGUUGUUCAGUUGAAACUGCAAAACUUAAAUAUUAGAAAACCUGGAGGAUUAUUCCACUGAAUUUAUUAUUUUUUCCAUUUAUUUUGUGAGUGGAAAUGCUUUGGUCUGUCUUCAUGGAAGUGCAAAGACUGUACAAAAAGUGUUAUGUAUAUAAACAGAAAAGUGUCCUUUAUUUGUAUGAAAUAGCCAUCCUUUUUUUUUUGUUUUUGGAUUGGAGGAUUCUGCAGGGUAGAAUCCAGUACCCGUCUUGGAUGGUUUCAGGACUUGUGACUUAAUGAAUGAAUUACUGUGAGUUUUAAGAGCAUGACAGGUUUGCUAUAAGUUAAGCAAAGAACUUAAACUGAGGUUACAGAGAGAAAUUCCGGUACUUUAUAGAAAAACGCUUAUAAUAAUAACGCUGACUUUCUAAUUUAUUUCACUGAAGUAAUUUCACAGAGUUUUAGCUCAGUCUUUUAAAUUCAAAUGUUUUCAACAGAGCCUUUUUUAAGGUAAUUUGUCCUUACUUUAUCUCGACUCCUAUUAAGUUUAAUUGAAACUGAAUUGGUGUUGGUUAAAUGUUUGGUCAACUUAAAAAAAAAAAAAAAAAAAAGGCUUCAACUAUUUUAACAGUCUGUCUCCCUCCGUCAUCCUGUGCUUUGCUAACCUGUCAUCUCUUCAUCCCAAGCAUGUGCGACCACCAGAAGAAUCAUUGCUGUACAUAGUUUGCUAUCUAGUGCAUCAACAUAAAUGAAAAUGAUGUCCCUGUCCAGUCAGCUGUCUUGGAGUUUCCUGAACAAACGGACUGCAGAGCUGAUCAUGUUUUUCUAUGAAUCUCAACAAGUGUAAAUUGGUAGACUAAUAAAAAUCCAGCUUCUUAUGA